AUGACCAUUUUUACCGGUAAGUUCAACCUUGCCUUAGACACAUUUGCAUCCCCAGAAUUCACGCAUGUUGCAAAGAUUUUCAUUAUGUUCACAAUAUAUCAAAUGAUGAACAAAUACAAACAACUUCAGUCAGCUAAUAUCAAUCCGGAAAAACUUGCUGACAAAUUAUAUAAGCCUAUUACACGUGAUGAGAUCCGAAAUAGAAUGAUUGCUAUUGCUAACAGCAUACACCUUGCUAAAGUUCUCGAAUUCGCCAAAAAAGCAUACACUUGUGUCGCCAUCGAUGAAGGCAAGACACAUGAUUACCACAAUCUUGAUUUUGUCUUAACAAAUCCGUUGGAGCAAAUGAAGCCAUACCCAGUAGAGGCGAUAGAUAUGAAGGAUGGCCAGACAAGUCAGGAUUAUAAAUCCGCAAUAACAGCAGGAUUUAACAGAAUUGACAUUAGGAAAGUCAAGAUAGGUAGUGUGGUAGUUGACGGAGGACCAGCACAGUUAAAAUGCUUCAAAGAUACUUGGAAUGAUUCAUUCUAUCAUGACAGAGAUCCAAAAUACUACAAGAUAUUGCUUAUUCCCUGUUUGUGUCACAGAAUCCACAACAGCUAUCAAUAUAUUGCUGGCAAGAACAACCAGUUACAAAGUUUAGUAAAGGAUGUGCACAGAAUUGCAGAACUUUGUCGCAUUCAUGCUGACGAUAUAGGUGCACAAUGUCCACAGCAUGUAUCCACCAGAUGGAUAUAUGACUAUAAUAUAUGUGUCUUUAUUCUUAAGUACGAAAACAAAAUCAAGCAAUAUAUAAAUGUAGAUCACGAUAAAAUCGUACAAUUGAAAGAUUGUUUAGCUGUUCUUAAAAAGCUAAUCUUAGUAUUCGAAUCGGAUAAGGCAUUGUUGGCAAAUUGUUACAUUUGGCUUCGUAAAGCCAUAUCAGCUCUCAAUCUUUUGACAUCCAAUUUGCAUAAUGCAUUCGGAUCCAUCUUGGCAUCUUCAUUGGAUAGCUAUACCUUGGACUCUGACUUUGGUGGGCUAUGGUGUUUGGCAUUCUCUCUCACGCCGAGAGGAAGGUUCUACUUCCAUAGAAAGUUUGUUAAAAACGAAGAAGUAGAAGAUUUGGCCGAUCCCUUGAGUUCCUUUCAAAGUGAGCAUAUUCCUGAUAAAGAUCCGGCAGAAGAUUUACAGGACAUUUACAUGGAUUCUAUUUUUGAGGAAGGUAACACAAACGCUGUAAUUGAUGUAACAGAUGAAGGCACAUUUCGUAGAAUUGUCGAAUCUGAUGAUCAACUUAGGCUUACAUUGCAAGAUGUACGCGAGGAUAAUCAUCAGACUGCCGAAAAUGAUCUAACAGCAGCUAAAGAUUACCUCAAGCGCAUUUUGGUUCAAUUCCGA